UUAACUGCGCGGAGAGAUGGUCCAUCGGUGCUGUUUACCUGAAGGUUUUAUAUCAAAAUGGAGCUUAAAACAUUAAAAUUACAGGGUAUAAAACGGUUUUUAUGCAGCUUAAAUGGAGAAAGAAUUUAAUCGAUGAGGAACGAGUUAUUCUGAUAAAUGUCCUUAUAACCAACAACAGCUAGGUUAACAGAGCUGCUGCUGCUGGGGAUCGAUAUCAGAAACACGAGCUGAUGAACCACAACAGAAAAGUAAAAAAAUGAUGGAGGAUUUCUCAGGCUUGGCUUUGCCGCCCCUAUUUGGGGGUCACAUUCUGGAGGCUGAACUGGAGGCUGGUGGAGUGGAGCUGGGUCCAGGAGGCACUGAGAUCCUGGACAAUGGAGGGUCUGCGGCUGGCCCGGGGCAGGACGGCGAAGAGGACAGGAGAGAACUUGAAAAGAAGAAGUACCAGGCCCUGAGCAAGAGGUGCAAGGAGAUCGAACAGGUGAAUGAAAGGAUAUUGGGUCGCCUUCACCAGGUACAAAGACUAACACGCAGGCUGAAGAAAGAAAGAAGGUUUCUUAUGAAGACUCUGGACUCAUAUGGAGAUGAAUACAGGACAGCCCAGAUAACCAUACCAUUAGAGGACGAAUGUGGAGCCGUUUUAGAUAGUGUACCUUGUGGAGAUGAUAAUGGUUCCUCCCCCUCAGUUCCCCACCAAUCAACAGUAGGACCCAAGAAAAAGAGGAAUCGAGUUCCAAAGGAAAAAGAGAGAGAUGCUCAGGCAGAGUCUGAUCUCUCUGUUCUACCAGAGGCUUCAUUCACUGGCUUCCCGAGUCCCAGCUCCCUCUCUCACUAAGCCCUAUGCAGACAAACACAUUACAGAACCUUCACGUUUCUGUGGGUUGUUUAAGUUGUAUUUUUUUUAUACUGAAAGCAAUAGAAAAUGUGUGUGCAUGUGAAGUGUAAGAUUAUUUAUUACAACAAGAAGUGCACAGCACAGCCAAUGCAUUCCUGUGGCGAGGAAAACACGCAUGCUUAUGCAAUUGUGAUGUUUUCCCACUUCUAGCCUCUCCUUUUUUGGAUCUACCACUUCAUGUUUUUUUUUUUUUUAAA